AUGGCGUCGAAACCAUGGGAAGAAGGCCUUGGCGAUGCCAUCGAUGCCAUCGAUGCCAUAUCAAUCACUUCUACCGAUGACGGAAUCCCCGAACAAGAUUUGUUUGUUACCAGGAUACUAGCCGAAAGAGUCGUGAAUGGGGAGCCAGUCUAUCUGAUCGAAUGGCAGGACUUCUCUUUGGCGGAAGCAACAUGGGAGCCCAGAGAGAAUUUAAGCGAUGCACUCAUGGCCGAGUGGGAGCAAACAAAGACAGACCAAGGAAAAGGAUCGGUACCCAGGUUCAAAAUCCAAGAAUGGAAACGGGCCAAUAUUCAGUACUACGAGUCUCGGCUUGCCCGACACAAACUCCGGAACAUAGCGCGAGAGAGACGCGGCUUGCCGCAAACUACAUGGACGAGAACCUUGAACCAUCUUUUAAAAGAUCUUGCCAACUACGAAAAUGACGAAGAAGACGAAGAUGAUCAAGCCAAAGCAAAUCUCACAACGCAGAGCCCGCCUCAAAGCGCUGUUAGUGAUGAGCCAUCUAUCCUUAUGAAUCAGCCAAUGGAAAGAGUUUCAGGGCCCUCAGCGCAAAUCACGAUCAAGCCAUCUGAGAGAGUCUCUUCAGAAAAAUUCAUUGGAGCAUCUGACGGAGGAGCAGGAGUAGGGGGAGGAGCACAAGAAGCCCUGAGCCUAGCGGAAAAGCCAGCUCUCAUUCACUUCAGCGAUAAAAGAUCGCCUUUAGAAGUUGCCGAAAUCACAAUGCAAAAGCUUGACGAAGAUCUCAUUAAACCUGCAAGGUUCUCUAUCAAGCUACCCAGAAAAUCCUCUAUUUCCAGCCGGGCACAAGCAGGGGGAUCAAUAAAGCCAGCAGGCUACGCCAAUGUUUUCGCUGGCGGUCGUACUCGCAAAGGGAGAGGCACACUGAGCGAGGCAGCGUCGAACCCAGAAAAGAACCCUAGGCUUUUGAAUUUACGCCUUACAAGAAAGAUAGAGCUGCAGCGUCGGGAUAAGGAAGGACUGAAACCUCCAGCUCAUCGGCCAUCUGCACUCAUCUCUCUUGAUCGUGAUAAUCCUCAAUCUACGAUAAGCGGGCAACAAGCAACCAAGGAAGCUGCAGACAUUACAUCAGCCAGCAAAAAGACCGACAGAGAAAGCGCCAGCCCCAAGAAGCAUGCCAUGGUUCACUGGGAAGACGAGGCGAUGGAAAUAGAUCCAAAUGAUAGUCUUUUUGUAUCUGAUGAUUUGCCUCUAUCGCCCCAGCUUACUUCAAACUCGGAAGGCGAAGAACCUGGAGCUGAUAGAGAGCAGUCAAACGAUCCGACGACAAUCAGCAAGACUGUACAGGUGGGCCCUGACAGGCAAGACACUGUUACUCUCUCAUUCGAAGGGGUGCCUCCUAGGGCAAACUCUUCUUGGGCCGCGCAGUUCAGUUCUGAUGACCGUCUCAUCUUUACACAUACCUGCACCGCUCAAGACUUUUCAUAUCAGAUCAAUAAAGGAGCUGACUUUUCAAGGGCGCAGCUAUGCAAAGGUACCGCUUUGUCAUUUACCGAAAAUCGCUGCCUCAGUAAUUUGGCAGAUAAUCUAAGACUUGCGAAUCUUGGGUUACUGUGUUCCAAUGAAAGCUAUUAUGUGAUUUUGUUUCCUAGUAGCCAAUCAGCGCAAGAUUCGGGCAAGAUAACUCUGGAGUAUACCAUAUUCGAACCAUUCAGCUCCCUAGGAUCAUCAAUGCUCGCUCCCGCCCCGCGACUGAGGAUGAAAAACAAGGAUACCAGGAACUCAGCGUCGUAUCCAAGACCCUUGGAUCAUGUUUUUGGAGAGAAAUUUGAGCAAUUGCUGCCAUCUGACGCGAGAAAAGCUGUAAAGCACAACUUUUUCCUGGCUUUUCCCCCUCGUGCCAAACAAGAGGCUGUCAUGUUAUCCUGGUGGGUGAUGAGUUGUGAUAGUAACAGCGAUAUUCGAACCAGUUUCGAUGCUGGCCAUUGGUCCAGCUUCUCGAACCUACCUCACGGGACUGUCAUUAUUCACGAAGACAGUCUCUGGUUCAUACGACUAUUUCCCGAGCUUCAUGUUCUACUGCAUGGGCGUAGGGCAAGCUUUAGCUUUUGGAUGUUUGGCCGUUCUCUGACGCCAGUCCCCUUGUUCGGCUCUGACAACCUGCCAGCCUCUCCCCUAGGUGAUAUUCAUCUUCAGCGUGUAUUUGACCCUGGAGCCGCCUAUUUGAUCACGCCAAGCUUCCUCAUCUCCGAGCCAGAGCAAGCAUAUACCUUUGUGAAAUGGUUUUGGAACAUUCACGUCAAGAAGAUCGAUAUGAGCCGACCUAGAAAAUUGGUUCUAUGCGCAAAAGCGGACGAAUGGAUGCACAACUUCUACUACGAGAAGUUGCUGACGAGGCGCAUGUUACCUGACACGGCUUCACAAGAGGAAUUGCAAGCUGCUGGUGUAUCGGAUGAAGCAUGUGAAUAUCGAUGGAAGACUUUCAAAGUUCUGCAGCAGCUCGUUUUUGAUGCCGGCUAUGAAAGGACGAAUUCUAUUGUGGUUGCUCCUGACUCGAUUGAUGGCAACGACGAGCAGAGCUUGGUUAAUUGGUUUGGACACUGGUCUACUCUGAAUAUAGACCGGUUUCGCCGAUAUGCCGUUAUAGGGUCCGGCAAGCAGACUAAGGGACGUAUUUCGAGGAUUUUGAGAGCGCCGAACUACUCAAAGUCCAUCAUAGCUGAUCCAGACGGAGUCGAGUCAGAUCUUGCAAAGGCCCCUGAUCCUGUUUUAGCCACGUCUCCUACGACGCAACGAUCGGGUAGAGAUGACGAGAGCCCUCAGCUAGUUCUUGAUUUGACCGACAUAGCGAAGUCGCAAAGGCGUGAAUGGUGUCCCGUGAGGCUGUUCUGGUUUCCAGUAGGGUACUCAACGUCGGAUAUCUCAUUUCAGCUUGGGGACAUCAACCCAAGAUAUUAUAACAACUAUGAUCAGUGGUUCAACUAUUUCUGGAACCACUAUGGAGCCCUCUGCAAGGCCAAGCCGGCCCGUAAUUCAUAUGCCGGGCUAUUCUACACUCUUGAUGAACAGCAGGCGUUAUCGCGUGGAGUGAAUAACGUCAAACGCUCGCCAUGGGUCGUCAUAUUUCGACCCCUAAAUCCGCACAUACGGCCAUGGCAACGAUCUGAGAUAUUCAUCUGGGACACGCGCUAUUCAGAGACGAUCGGCGAAGGUAAAGACCUUUGCUACUCAGAUCUCACUGAAUCCCAACAGCAGUUGAUAGAAUGCGUACGGGGAAAAACAAAAGAUGUCAUCCCCUUGGAAAAAGUGUGGGUUGGCUCUUUUGGAGCCAGCGCUGGCAGUACCAGUACUGUGGAUGUUACACUGCGAUGGCUCGAUGGUUUGCUAGGAAAUGUUAGAGACUGGUUACCUGCCCCAGCUAAGGAGCUUCCUCUUCGAGGCUGGAGUUUGGUCACCCCUGAGAAGCAAUCGAAAGAUCAGAAGAGCGAUGGAGUCGCCAUGAGGGAUGAUAUCAUGAAGGGCUUAUCACUCCAAGACGACAAAUCCUCAACCCCAAAGAUUAUUUUCCACCCACCCAGCGGCAACAACCAAAAGCCAUAUUCCAAAUGCAGAAAUCGACUAUACCAAUCAGCACGAGAAGCAGAUCCCAAGUUUGAAGGGAAGAACUUUGAGUAUGUUUUCAGGCCGACUUUGGAAUGGUACGAGGAGCAAUGCGAAGAAGGACGAGGGUUUGAGCAUAUCAAAGUUGUGCCGUGGGAAGAUAUUUUUAAGAUGUACAAAGUUGAGGAGUUUUUGCACAAAAAGGGAUGA